AUGGAGGAUAACGAGUGUGACUCUGUCUUCGAGACCCAGAUCAGAGAGGAGCAUGUGGAGACUCUGUUUGGAAAUGUCCACUGCGUCAUGACAGGGACGCCCAGGGCAGGCCGCCCCGCCAUCCUCACCUUUCAUGACGUCGGACUCAACUAUAAGACCUGUUUUGAGACUCUCUUCAGCCACGAGGAUAUGCACGAAAUCAUCGGACACUUUCCUGUUUGUCACGUUGAAGCACCAGGACAACAUGAGGCUGCCAAAACUCUCCCUUCUUCGUAUACCUACCCUACCGUGGACCAGCUGUCUGAAGCACUGCCUGCUGUCCUCAAACACUUUGGGUUGCGAAGUAUAAUUGGACUUGGAGUCGGAGCAGGAGCCUACAUCCUGGCUAAAUUCGCUCUAAUUCAUCCUGAUAUGGUGGAUGGAUUACUUCUGAUCAACAUCAACCCCAAUGCAGAAGGAAUGAUUGGUACUGUUGCAACCAAGAUCACUGAAUGGACCCACACUCUCCCAGACACAAUUAUCUCACACUUGUUUGGAACGGAGGAAAUCCAGAACAACCACGACCUCGUCGCUACGUACCGCCACCACAUCACGACAACAAUGAACCAGUCCAACGUGAGUCAGUUCUUCCGCUCCUACAACAGCCGCAACGCCCUGGAUGUGGAGAGGCCUGUUGCUGGGACAAACAUCAACCCCAGGACACUCAAGUGCUCCACUCUGCUGAUUGUAGGAGAUAACUCUCCCGUUGUGGAGCCUGUGGUCGACUGCAACUCAAAACUCAACCCCACCAAGACCACACUGCUCAAGAUGUCGGAUUGUGGAGGACUUCCUCAUGUGGAACAGCCAGCCAAAGUGAUUGAAGCCUUCAAAUAUUUCAUCCAGGGCAUGGGAUACUUGUCCAGUGUCAGUAUGACCAGACUCCGCUCCCGAACGACAUCCAGCUCCAGCAUCACGUCCUUCGAUGGCUCCCGGAGCCGCUCACACACCAACGAUUUGCAGCGAGGCCGGACACACUCCCAGGGCCCCGAGGACAAGCGCGGGCCCUCACACACCGACAGCUCCAUGGAUACUGGUCCCAUCAAUAAUUUGAGCCACAAGUCCUCUGAAGUGGCAUGUUAG